AUGGCGGGGCAGUCUCCCACUUACCUGUCCGCCGCCCUCCCCGAGUACCGGGCCAAACUCCCGGCCUUCUCGGUAUGGCCCGGCAGGGCUAAGGUGGCCCUGCAGACGGGGGCUUACAUCGGCCUGGCGGGACUGCUCCUCUUCGCCAAGCCUGGACUCUUCCCCAUCAUCUUUGAGACGGAGGUCGCCAGGGGCUACGUCCGUGUGGGCGCCACGCUGGCAGUGCUGUUCGGCGCCUACUACCUGGGAGCUGCCUGUGACGACGCGGCGGGUAGGCCUCCCCUGUUCAUGUACGCCGCCACGGUCGCGGGCCGGGGGCUCCUCUCCGUGGCCUUCUGCUGGCUGGUGUGGAGCGGGCAGUGCGCCGUGCCCCUGCUGUGGCUGGCGGGCCUGAACGCCCUCAGCGCGGCUCGACUCUUGCGGGCGCUGAUCCGGCCGGACGGCGCCCCGGCCGGGUAG